CCUACAAGCUUGGAAAAUUUUGCAGGACAGUUUCCCUGGACAGCUUUGCAAAGGCUGUGCUAUUUCAAUUGAAGCACACAUCCACACGCUGCUGUGCUCUUGGCUUCUGGCUCAUCUCCCAGUUCUGAGGGAUCUCAAAUUCAUCCUCUCCUUCCCUCCCUCCCUCUCUCUCUCCAUCUUGUCCCUGCAGUUGUCAGGCUUCUCCAAGCUCUGCUAGUCAGGACUCCUGAGCAACCAUGGCAGACACCACCCUCCAGAUCAUUGAGCAGCCAGCAGCCUCUGAGGCUUCAGAGGAACCCGCCAGUGAUGAACCUAUCAAGCCUGAUCAGAUCAAUGGCGUUAUGGUGCUCACCCUUCUGGACAAGAUUAUUGGGGCUGUGGAUCAGAUUCAGCUGACCCAAAGUCAGUUGGAGGAGAGGCAACAUGAGAUGGAUGGUGUGGUAGCCAGCAUCCAAGGGGAGCUAGCCAAGCUCACCAAGGCCCACACUACUACCAGUAAUACGGUGAACAAGAUGUUGGAGAAGGUCCGUAAGGUCAGCGUCAAUGUGAAAACUGUCCGGCAGAACCUGGAGAAACAAGCUGGGCAAAUCAAGAAGCUGGAGUCCAAUGAAGCAGAGCUGCUGAAACGCAGGAAUUUCAAAGUUAUGAUCUACCAGGAUGAAGUGAAGCUACCGACCAAGCUGCACGUUAGCAAGUCUUUGAAAGAGAUGGAGAAAGAAGGAGAAGGUGAAGAUGUGCCAGCAGGUGAAGAACACCCUGAUGAGGAACAUAUUGAACUCUCCUCAGAUGAAGAGGUGGAGGUAGAGGAGAUUAUUGAGGAGUCACGAGCAGAACGCAUCAAGAGGAGUGGCAUGAAAAGAGUGGAUGACUUCAAAAAGGCCUUCUCCAAAGAGAAGAUGGAAAAGACCAAGCUGAAGACUAGAGAGAACUUAGAGAAGACCAAGGUGAAGACCAGAGAGAACCUGGAGAAGACCAAACAGAAUCUGGAGAAGACCCGGCACAACCUAGAGAAGAGAAUGAACAAGCUGGGCACCAAGAUUGUCACUACUGAACGCAGGGAGAAGAUGAAGACUUCUCGAGAUAAGCUGAAGAAGUCCUUCACCCCAGACCAUGUAGUCUAUGCACGCUCCAAGACAGCUGUCUACAAAGUACCACCUUUCACUUUCCAUGUCAAGAAGAUCCGGGAAGGUGAAGUAGAAGUGAAGGCUACUGAGAUGGUAGAGGUUGGUGGGGAUGAAACAGAGAAUGCCGAUCUACUGAGGGGUGAGAGCCCUGAGAUGAGCACACUCCUGCAGAUCACAGAAGAGUCUGACACCGUGCUGGCAGACAAGAGCGACAGUGAGUGAGGCAGGAAGCAGCAGCAGCAGCAGAAGAAGAAGAAUGUCAAGAGCUGAACAUGUAACCUUUCACGUUUCCUCUUUUUGGCCUCACAUGGGCGCAUGCACACACACAUACAUACAUGCACACAUACAAUAUCUAUCUAUAGAUAAAUCUUACAGCCCCACUUCCCCAAUAUAGUGCCAAGGUGCAUUUUUGUAUAUUUCUGUUUCAUCAUACCAAACAUGGGACUUCAUUGUAAUCCAUCAGACACCAUUCCUGCUACUGAACGCUUGCUUUGCUAGCUUGCUGUGGUAAAUCCCCACCCCAUUCCUCACCCGACGGUGCUAUCAACAACGCAAUCUAUUCGUAUAUCCAGGGAGAAUGCUGCCUCUUACCUGUUUCUCCUUGGUAUCAAGAAUUCUUCCUGGGGACCAGAAAGUAGAUUGGACAGACAGAAGGAAAAGCAAAGACAUGGAAACAAGGGAGGAAGGGUUUGGUUCAGUUACAUUGCUGAAAUGAGGGGUGGGCAGGGACAGAAUUGGGAAAUAGUUGUGUUGGGAAAGGAUGUGAUGUCAUGUGAUGCUGCAAGAGUGAAUGUUGGUGCAGCCCCCAAGAUUUUCCAAGAGAUCAUUUGGAUACAGUCGUGCUUGAUAGGCUCCAUGUAAGUGCACACAAAAAACCAACAGCUGCCAAACUGUACCUGGAGGGAAGGGAGAAGAGACAUCUAAGUAGAGUGCCCUCAAUACCAUGUGUGCUGCUAGCUGUACCUUUUUGUGAGCCUCCUUGUAACAUGAUUCUCAUGGCUGCAGUGUGCAUUGCUCACAGGGACAGUGGAGGUGGUGCAGAGGACUGUUGUGGAUUAAGCAGAGAAAGAGCAAGUGGCAUGACAGAGAGGGCUAUGAUAGCAUUUGACUACAAGUAAUAAAAUUUAAUCAAGGAGGAACAAAGGACGAAACUAUUGUCCAAUCCAUUUGCAGUCUUGACGCUUGUCUGGGCUGGAUCCUAAGCACUACAGCACUAGCCUCUGGGUCAUCCUCUAUGUUCUUGUUUGCCUGCUAUGAUUACUUGGAAUAGCCAAAAAAAUUGUGCUGUCUAGUAGGGUAACACUUGGACCUCUUUAGUUGUGUUUGCUAAACAUGCUGUCUAGGAAGAGAAGGAUCUGAAGGAGCUAUUGGGUAGAGGUUCAUAGAUAAAACACAGCUUCAUUGUGGGAAAGGAUCAGUGCAUUCUCAACCCCUCUCCCCCACAUACUUAUACAGCUACCUCUUUAUAUGCAAUUCUUGGGUUAAUUCCUAUGUGAAUUUCUCCAAGCAUACCAAAGAGUCCUUCUUCCCUAGCAGUGGAUGUAUGCAGCUAUCCUUCUCUGCAUGAUAUAACAGAACACUCCCCUCCUUCAGAAUUUGGAAAAGUUAUUUUUAUGGACUACAACUCUAAGAAUCUCCCAGUCAUCAUGGCCGCUGGGUGCUGUAGUCUGAAAGAUCUUUCCUAGGUCUGUCCUCUUCCCACAAUAAUCAACCAGGAUUCCUCCAAGCUCCUCUAGCAGUGAAUCCUAUCAUACUGUCUUGGCUAUUCCAUGCCUUGUACUUCCUCUACUACUGCCUGUUCUAGCAGAAGGGCAUAACUGAGCUACCCACAGUCCAGCAGGGAGAUGUGUGUCUAUGUGUGCAUGCAUAGGAGGGGUGUUCUUACUUGACCAAGAAGUGUGCAAGUGAAUGGGAAGCAAGGGGAUAUCCCCACCACACUACACUUUUCCUGCAACUUUUUCUAUUCUUCUUAUAGAUCUUAUGUUAUAGAAAAACAGAGAUCCCAGUGAACCAGCUAUACUAUGCCGGUAAGGCCAUGCCACAUGGGGAGAGUGAAUGUGCCCGACAUUGGGGACAGGGAAUAUGCCAAGUAGCUGCAUUGUGCCUUUUCUAAGACUGCAUCCUGGUGAGCAGCAUGACUAAUAAACUUUCUUUUCUAAAA